GACAUCGAAGGUUCCUCAACAUCAACAUCCUCUAAUGAAGACGACUGCAAGCGGCCGCACCGGCCUGCUUCGACGACUUGUUCUUUUCUCUUUUUCGUUUGUUCCUUGCACCUUUGCUUUCGGGUUGUCAACAUGGCCGUUAUACGCGAUCUGGGCAAUUUUGGGUGGGGCGAGAAUCCGAUACGGCGAUCGCAAGGUGUUACAGGACAGCCUGUUCUUUGGGAGUUUUAUCAUUUUGCUUGCCCGACAACCUAUCUCUGAUGCCUGUGUCAGGACUUGGACCUUAAUUGGGAAGGAUAAACAAUCAACAGCAACUACAGGUGCAGCCACGAUUGUUGCAUUGGCAGCACUUGGGUAUAUCUUCAAGGAAAGCAACAACUACUCUCGGGAGAAACAAUCGGAACCACUGCCCAAAGGAACGCGUCCAUGGUCUGUGGAUCAUGCGGGGUCUUUCGUUAUUCCUUGCCACACAACACAUUCCCGCAUAUUUCCGAAGAAGCAUUCUUUUGGCUAUGACUAUCUACUAUGUGGAUUCCCUAUCGUGCCAGUGGGGACCACACCAGAAGGAAUCGACAUAACCGAUGGAAGCGACCAUAUCUUGGGGAAAUGGUGGCUUCAGAUCAAAGCAGAGGACUAUCUCACGCGAGGCCAAGCAGCCCUAGGCUUCUACGGAAAGCUCAAGGUCUACCUAAGGGAAAAGGGCGUCAAAGAUUCAGAAUGGUCUUAUGCCUACCUAGUCACAGCGCCACGGUUCUUCGGCUAUUCUUUCAACCCUGCAUCCUUUUGGUAUAUCUACAACCAAAAUCACCAACUUACGAGAAUGAUCACCGAGGUGAACAAUACAUUUGGAGAGAGACAUCUUUACCUACUGGACGGGUCGAGUCCAACAAGUCCGGCUCAGACUCAAGGCGAAGAAGAACAGGUUCUCAUGCCACCUAAGACAACUUUUGCCGACUACUGGACCAAAGAAUUUCACGUCUCACCGUUUAAUUCAAGAAAGGGCGGUGGCUACGCUCAGAAGGCUCUGAACCCCUUUCCUUCACCCACCUCUUCACCUGCUAUCGACAUUACCAUCACUUUGAAAUCAACAAAAGAUCACGCUAAAAUCGUUGCGCGGCUCUUCUCUGUAGGCGCGGCUCUGAAGCUUGACGGAAUGAGCCUUUUCGAAGCACUAAAGUUCAUUGCAGCCUGGUGGACGGUAGGAUUUUUGACGUUUCCACGAAUCAUAAAGGAGGCUUUCGUCCUGUAUUUCCGCAAGGGCUUGCGUGUGUGGUUCAGGCCCGAAGUGCGUGCUUCCAGUAUCGGUCGAGUACCGACGCGGAUAGAGAACCUCUUAUACCAGGUUUUCCGGGACUAUCUCUUCUCCCUGGUGCAUCUCUCUGAGGACCCUUUCCUGAUCAAUUUCGAGACUGCGAUUCCUGACAAGCCCCAAGAUGUAGUCGCAUCGACGCAUCGAAGAGACCGUCAUUCCAGCGUAAAGUCCCUGGACAUCCGCGUUUUGACUGGCGCUUUCUACUCCCGUUUUGUCCACUACUCACAUACGUCAGAGGCAUUCGAUCGUGAAUGCUUGUUCACAGACGAGAAGAACCGCACUCUAUGGAUCUCGCAGCCUGAACUUCUCCAAGAGCUUCUACCAAAAAAAUUAUUGGAGGAUCCGAAAGAGCAACAAGGUUUUGUGGAAAGGGCCUACCUCAGUGAGCUGCGAUGGACACUACUGCGGAAGCUAAGGUGCCCGCCCGCUGACCCGGCGUAUCCCAUAUCCCCCAAGUCUGCGCAAUUCGACCUCGACGACAUACGGGAGCAUACUUUCUCGGAACUUGACCGAUUUGUGCGGGGAUCUACUGGCCUGCAUUAUGCAGGACACUACAGGAGGGCUGUAACUAAGCUGUUCCUGGCUCAGCGAUAUGCGCUGGGCUUCACAGAGGUGAUUGACGUGUUGGAUCUUUGUUCGCGGACAAUGCUUUGCUGGCUCGGUGCCAGAAUGCUGGUGUCAUAUAAUCAAGCCGGCGGAAAUCAUCACAGCUCCAGCUUGUAUGACAUGUAUGGCGUCUACAAUUGGUGGACAACGGGAACAGCAUUGGGGUUAUGUCACAUCUAUGGGCUCUCCAAGGGAUAUAGGUAGUCGACCUUGUAGAUGACUCCCGUCUACGCGCCCAAUUACAUCUAACCCUUUGACUCAC